UAUAAACGAAGCUGCUGGACUGGGAAUCGGCAGGCAAGGCCAGGGCCUGGCCACUCACAGAAGGGAAGCAGCUGAAAGCUGGGGUUGCCUCUGCUAUGGCAAAAAUCAUUUUGAGGCACCUCAUAGAGACUCCAGUGCGUUACCAGGAGGAGUUUGAAGCUCGAGGCUUGGAAGACUGCAGGCUGGAUCAUGCUUUAUACGCAUUGCCGGGACCAACCAUCGUGGACCUGAGGAAAGCAAGGGGGAUGCCGCGGGCCCCUGCAGGGGACUCAGCCACCGCAGAGACGCUGCCCCAAGAAGGCGAAUCCCGCUUCCAGAUCCUGCUGGACGUGGUGCAGUUCCUGCCGGAGGACAUCAUCAUCCAGACGUUCGAGGGCUGGCUGCUGAUCAAGGCUCAACAUGGAACCAGAAUGGACGAGCAUGGGUUUAUCUCCCGGAGCUUCACCAGACAGUACAAACUGCCAGAUGGCGUUGAAACCAAAGAUUUGUCUGCCAUCCUCUGUCACGAUGGAAUUUUGGUGGUGGAAGUAAAGGAUCCACUUGGAACCAAGUGAAACUGUAUCGGUUCCUGUUCAUACCACCGAAGAUGAUAAUCAGUGACACCUGAGAAUGUUUUGCUACCCACGUUUGAGAUGAUUUGCUGUGGCUUUUAUGAAGAUUAAAAAUAUAUACAUAGUU